GGAAAUUCGCCGAAGCCAACAGGAACUUCAAAUCGAAAAAAUAUCGUUCCCUCUUUUAGGAAUUAGGCCGCCAUAUAACAUACUCCAUACUGCGCUAGCUAUUUAUGUGGAGAUACAUGCGUCACCCGAACGGAGGUUCUAAAUACUGUGGGGUGAAUGUUGAAGUGGUCCGGUUCGUUCCAAUCCGGUUACCUGGCGGGGUUCCCAGUAUGGGUACUGCGCGAGUUUACAAAGUUUGUCUAUGGAUGUCCAGAAGCAGUAGUUCGCCGACAAAUUGUAGAUUUGGGUCCUCCGCUGGUUUACAUGCAAGAGGCAUGAAACUUGUUAUGGACCUUGUUGUCAACCACACUUCAGACCAGCAUGAUUGGUUCCGCGAGUCCAGAUCCUCACGAGACAAUCCGAAACGUGACUGGUACAUUUGGAGAGAUCCACACUUCGACAGUGAAGGACGGCGCCAGCCGCCGAAUAACUGGGCGUCGAUAUUUGGAGGAAGCGCAUGGUCGUUUGACGAGCUCACUGAACAGUAUUACCUCCGUCUGUUUUGCCAUGAGCAGCCGGAUCUGAACUGGGACAAUCCGCAGGUUGCUCUUGAGGUGGAAAAGAUUAUGAGAUUUUGGCUUGACAAGGGCGUAGAUGGUUUCAGAAUGGAUGUCAUCAACCUGAUUAGCAAAGUACCAGGACUUCCAAACGCCCCGAUUACAGUCGAGGGUCAACUUUAUCAGCCAGGGUAUAUGCAUUAUGCUUGUGGCCCACGGCUCCAUGAGCAUUUACGCGGCUUACGCAGAAUUCUUGAUGAAUACGACGCUUUUGCUGUCGGCGAGAUGCCUUGGGUAAAGAAUGAGAAAGAUGUUAUGGAUGUUGUUUCCGCAGAGAGGAAAGAAUUGAACAUGAUUUUCCAGUUUGAUAUCGUCGACAUGGAUAAUGGUGCGGGUGGCAAGUUUGAGAAGCAAAAUUGGGAGCUUAUUGACUUGAAGAAUAUUGUUGAGAAGUGGCAGACGCGACUCUACGAGGAGGGAGGCUGGAACGCCCUGUUCCUUGAGAACCAUGACCAGGGUCGCUCAGUUUCGCGCUUUGCGUCUGACGAACCGCAAUUCAGAGUUUAUGGAGCUAAGAUGCUUGCCACAUUUAUUGCUCUACAAUCGGGGACGCUCUUCGUCUAUCAAGGCCAAGAAAUAGGGAUGGCAAACAUGCCCAAAGACUGGAGCAUUGAAGAAUAUAAGGAUGUCGAGACGCAAAAUUAUUGGAAGAGCGCUGUCGAGGAGUUUGGAAAUGAUAAAGAAAGAAUUGAUCAAUACAUGAAGGAGAUCCAUAUUAAAGCUCGGGAUCAUGCUCGAACACCCGUCCAGUGGAAUUCACAGAAUAAUGCUGGGUUCAGCGAUUCCACGCCAUGGAUGCGAGUUAACCCCGACUACGUCAAGUGGAACGCAGAAGAUCAGGUUGGCAAACCGACGAGCGUCUUCACUUACUGGCAGAAUCUUCUGAAGACGCGGAAGCUUUACAAGAACGUCUUGGUUUACGGGAGCUUCGAAAUGGUUGACCGGGCUCACAAAUCUGUCUUCUGUUAUCGGAGAGCUUAUGGAACUGCGGCCGCAACAGUGCUUCUAAACUUCUCAAAGCAAGACGUAGAAUGGACAGUUCCGCCUGAUGUUUUAAGAACCACGAAUGUGGCUCCAUUAAUACACAAUUACGAGGAUCUCAGACAAGCAAUGGAUGGAAAAAUUCACCUGCGCCCCUUUGAGGCGCUGGUAUGGAUUGAGGACGGCUACAAGGCCAACCUAUGAUUAGAUUAGUGAUAGAGCUCCGGCUUUCCCAUAGAUCUGUAUUUGUCAAAUUUGAUAGAGAAGAA